AUGCCGAGUCGCCGCGUCGCCAGACCGUCCGCUGCGCCGGAGCUGGGGGCCUUGGAGAUCAUCGAUGAGUACAUCAAGGAGAACGGCUUCGGCCUGGAGGUGGCGCCGCCGGGCCCGGGCGAGGGGCUGGCGCGCCUGGUGUCGCGCGGGGCCACCCCGCUGAGCACCGUCACCCUGGGCCCCGCCGCGCCGCCGGCCCCGCCGGCCUGGGGCUGCCCGCUGGGCCGGCUCGGGCCCCCGGCCCCCGGCGCCGGGCCGCGGCCGCACCUGGUCAUCGUGGAGCAGCCCAAGCAGCGCGGCAUGCGCUUCCGCUACGAGUGCGAGGGCCGCUCGGCCGGCAGCAUCCUCGGCGAGAGCAGCACCGAGGCCAGCAAGACGCUGCCCGCCAUCGAGCUCCGGGACUGUGGCGGGCUGCGGGAGGUGGAGGUGACCGCGUGCCUGGUGUGGAAGGACUGGCCUCACCGAGUGCACCCCCACAGCCUCGUGGGCAAAGACUGCACCGACGGCGUCUGCAGAGUGCGGCUCCGGCCUCACGUCAGCCCCCGGCACAGCUUUAACAACCUGGGCAUCCAGUGUGUGAGGAAGAAGGAGAUCGAGGCUGCCAUCGAGCGGAAAAUCCAGCUGGGCAUCGACCCGUAUAAUGCUGGGUCCCUGAAGAACCACCAGGAGGUGGACAUGAACGUGGUCAGGAUCUGCUUCCAGGCCUCUUACAGGGACCAGCAGGGGCAGAUGCGCCAGAUGGAGCCCGUGCUCUCUGAGCCCGUCUAUGACAAGAAGUCCACAAACACGUCUGAGCUGCGCAUCUGCCGGAUCAACAAGGAGAGCGGGCAGUGCACGGGGGGUGAGGAGCUCUAUCUGCUGUGUGACAAGGUGCAGAAAGAGGAUAUAUCCGUGGUGUUCAGCAGCGCCUCCUGGGAAGGCCGGGCUGACUUCUCCCAGGCCGACGUGCACCGCCAGAUUGCCAUCGUGUUCAAGACUCCGCCCUACGAGGACCUGGAGAUCGUGGAGCCUGUGACCGUCAAUGUCUUCCUGCAGCGGCUCACCGACGGGGUCUGCAGCGAGCCCCUGCCCUUCACAUACCUGCCUCGGGACCACGACAGCUACGGCGUGGACAAGAAGCGGAAACGGGGGAUGCCCGACGUCCUUGGAGAGCUGAACAGCUCUGACCCCCAUGGCAUCGAGAGCAAGCGACGGAGGAAAAAGCCAGUCUUCCUGGACCAGUUCCUGCCCAGCCAUGGCACAGGCCCGUUCCUCCCCCCAUCAGCCCUGCUGCCUGAUUCCGACUUCUUCCCCAGCGCUGUGUCCCUCCCUGGCCUGGAGCCCCCUGGUGGGCCGGAUCUCCUGGACGACGGUUUUCCCUAUGAAACCACGAGCCCUGCGCUCUUCACCAUGCUGGACAUGCUGCCCCCUGCUCCGCCACUGGCCAGCGCUGUCUCGGGCAAUGGGGUUGCAGGGGCCACCGUCGGGGAGCCAUCGGGCCCUGAGCCAAUGACACUGGACUCAUACCAGGCUCCAGUCCCUGGGGAUGGGGGCACUGCCAGCCUUGUGGGCAGCAACAUGUUCCCCAACCAGUACCGCGAGGUGGGCUUUGGGGGUGGCCUCCUGUCCCCCGGGCCUGAGGCCACGUAA